AUGAAAUGUACUGCAGUGAAGAUCUCUCCCCCGAAAGGGGUACCUUACUCAAGGGGAAGUUAUUUCAAAGGGUACGAGAUCUAUCUGGAUGAGGUGAAACCUGGUGAUCUUAGCGUUAACUUUCUUCGAGAAUUUAUGGAACUUCCCUUGUCUUAUUUUGCACCUGGGGCUGCAAUGAAAUUUCAAAACUUCAUUCUUCGUUGGGGAACGCAUUACAUAACAUCUGGUAAAUUUGGUGGCCGCCUUCAGAUUCGAAAGACGAUGGACGCUAGUCAAGUUUCAAGCAAGCAAGCGUUCAGUCAAGUCAUGGAAGUAGAGUUUAGAAGCUUAUUUGCAAGCUUUCAUGGAAAGACGGAGACGCAUGAGAGUUCCAGCCAGAGACAGCAGAAGCAGACGUCUUCAACCUCCAUAAAAGCAGAAGGCGGAGAUCAAGAGAUAGCUGCCCUCAUCACUGAUUUCAACUCGCCAACAAUUAAAACGGAGCUGAAACAAUGGCUCGAGUCUAUCCGCACUUUCCCAAAACCAUACAAGUUUAUGCUGGCGCCCAUCACGGACCUACUAAAGUUCAAUGCACACUCUCUUUUCCCUCAAGAUGAUAGAGAUUGGGGCUGCGAAGGGCACAAGGACAGCCUCAAAAAAGAUCCAGACACCGGAGAGAAUUACUAUGAAGUCAAAGUUAAUGGCACCACGGUCAGAAAGUUCUGUAAGUAUCUGGACAGAGAAAGCCUUAUGUACGACAUCGAGCGGAGAAGAAACAGUCUGGAAAGAGCUAUUGGUGUUUAUAUGGAAGAGGGUCCCAUUUCAGCCACGGAGGUAAGUCUUCCAUCCGGAAAACCCGGAUGUCAGACGAAGAACUAUAACUUUCAAGAAAAGGCCUCCAAACCGUCCUGGAAAGCAAUGACGCAAGACGGGAUAACAUUUAAGGUUAUCUUUGGCCAUGACAAGGCCAUGUACGGUAGAUAUCAUGGCCUAGAAAGACUUCUACCACAGACGGAGAAGUACGUUAGAUUCUACAGAGGCAGAUGGUUCAGUGGUGAGAGUGCUGACCGGAUAGAUAUAAAAUCAGCUUGUAACUGGGGUGGAUCCUUCCAUGUUGAGGGCGACGAUCGUAGGAUAUGCAUUCUUGGCAUGAUUCUGAGGUACGACGCUGCGACUGGAUUCCUCAUUUUGAAUGAGAAAGACUUCAAAAUCACCAAAUGGGCUUGGCCGUCCCUGACAGAAAAAAAUAUCAACUCCGUCAUGGCUCGGGUGGAGUGGCCUGGAAGCGAGAUUUUUAAGUUAGAUGAAGUGAUUGGAUAUGUUCCAUGCAACGUAAAAUGGUCCAAUGCAAUGCGUUUUGAUCCAAGCGAAGAAGAGGGAAAGUGUCUGCAUUUCAUCCUUGUAACUGAAGGAACUGCAUAUGUCAUUUUCUCCGCGGUUCCAAACGACAAAAGCGCUUGGUACUAUGUGCAAAUCUCUUCGCAUGGCGUUGGGAUUUACAAGUCUCAAAAGCUGAUGGUUUCUACCCUUAACAUCAACGCUGUCGGUCUGGGAAAUGGCAUCCUUUAUCAGUCUUACUUUGUGUGUGUGAAAGAAUCACCAGAGGGAACUUUGAUUGAAUAUGGAAAAAGCCAGGGAUUCACAGAGAACCGCGACGUCUUCCUCACCAUGAAUGACACACAAAACCCUUUUUAUUCUCGUUUCUAUUCGUUUGGAAACGGGGAGGAUCCUGUGCAGGUGGUGGACGUCCAUGUUUUGUCGCGUCGGUUGUCCAAUGUCAAAUGUCGCGGUGACACAAAGUUAGACGAAAAAACAAACCUAUGUGUGCAAGAUUGUCACGAAUUAUGUGAUCCCGCACAAGGUUGCAGAGGUAGCCCCGGUGGGACACCUUUGGCCUCAGACUGCAAUGCAUGCUUGUACGGUGAAAAUGAGGAAGGCGAGUGUCUCGCGGAAGAAUAAACGGCAAUCAGCUGAUAUAGGGGAUCAUGGGAAAUGUUUUGGGAACGUGUUAUUAUCAUCAUUAUUACCAUCAAAAAUCGCAAACGACGGGGAUGACGAGAGAACAGAAUAUCGAAUAGAAGAGGAAAUUCUUUAUGUUUCCAACGGGAUGAAAAAUUUGGGAAAUAAUUUUUUAUUAACCAUCGUGUAAUUUAUUUUUGUUUUGUUUCGAAAUGCAGUCUAAACACGGCAGAGAGUGACUUGGGAUUUUAGAAAACGUUUGGCAAUUAAAAAUGUGAGGCAAAAUGGUUUAUAUUACGAUGUAUCGUUUUUAUUAAAAGGGUAUAAAGUCAGCUUCUCUGUGUCUUUCGAGGUGGUGAGGUGGUAACCAUGGUAACAUCUAGUAUACCAGCCUCCUAUCCGGAAGGGAUGAAACAACUACGGUACUUUAUAACAUUUCUUCCUUAUAUCGUAUAAUCGUAUUGCUGCAUAUCGAGGUAAAAAUUAUAUUCGACAAUUAAUUAAGCUUUGGGAUCAAAAGAGUUUUUUCGGUUGGUUUAAUUUCGAGAAAGCUCUUUAUCACUGAUGCAUAUUAUCAGAAUAAAAUUGCGUAUAAAACAUUUUUUGCGGUUUUAUACAUUUGGAUUAGAUGCUGAUGUACAGGGUAAACUUCGCUAAACG